AUUCGCACCGCAUUUGCAUGUAAACGAAAAUUUAUUUGGUUAGUCUUUUUAAUUUAACUCCAAUAUAAACACUAUAUCACAGUAAAAUGGGGGACGAAGAAGAUCCUUGGGGUUUUGAUGAUGAAGGUGAAUCUGAUGCAAAGACUGCUGGAUCCGUUGAUGCUGUUCCAUCCAAGGCAGAGAGUAUCAAAUCCGAGCAGAGAUCCGAAACGCAAGCAGCUCCGGAGGAGCAGGAAAAUAUUGCUGAGCCCGAAGUUGAAGCGAAGGCACCUCCACCUCCACCAGAGGAUGAUGGGUACAGGAAACCAGUUCAGCUAUACCGGCAUUGGGUUAGGCCGAAAUUUCUGCAGUACAAAUACAUGUACAAUUAUAGAACCAAUUACUAUGAUGAUGUUAUUGAUUACCUUGAUAAAAAACAAGUUGGUGUCUCACGUGAGAUCCCUAGACCUCAGACAUGGGCGGAGCGUGUCCUGCGAACAAGAGAUAUCAAUGGAAACGGUAUUGAUAACUAUGCCCAAUCUACGAAGCGGGAUAAACACUUAAUUCAAACAUUAGCUGCAUCAAUCCGGACUUAUAAUUACCACACCAAAGCAUAUAUUAAUCAGAAAUAUGCCGGUGUUAUUUAAAACCAUUACAUAUGCCAACUUUUCAAUUAAAAAGAAAUCGAUUAGAAUAUUUUUAUAGGAUGUGGUCUUAAGCGUUUUGUAUAUACAAAUGUACAUAAUAAUAUUAUUUAUACAUUGAGACAAAUGUUAUAUAGCCCGAUUAGUCAUCGAAAAUUUUUAAAAAUAUAAAUUUCAAUAUUGAUGUGCAUAAAGGAUUUGUGCCUGGCAAUUGGAUAAGUCCUAGAGUCCUGUCAAUAGAAUAAGCCGUAUAUUUGUUUAUUAAAUUUUUGCCUAUAAACGGAAAUAAUUAAGUAAGUGAUAAUUUUACAUGCAAAAUGGAAAAGAUCAAACUACUUUAGAGCAAUAUAAAAUAACUGUGCAAUAAAUAUUUAUUUAAAAAAAACAAA